AUGUCAUCAGAUUUUCAAAUGGAUACAGAUUUUGAAGAUUUUGAUAGUUCGAAUCUAACUACAAAGAAUCUCUUUGAAGGUGCAGAAGUAUUAAAUGAAAGUAUAAAUACUACGUUGAAUAAUUUACAAUAUAAUAAUAAUAAUGGAAAUGGAUUUGGUAUGGGUGCAAUUGACCAUGCCAGUCAACAACAACAGUACUAUCAACAGAUGCAUUCACCUCAGCAGAUAGACUAUAGAGGUACUCCACGAGGUGGAAGUAUACCUUCGCAAUCGCAGUAUCUUCAACACAGCAAUGGUGGCAGUCCGCUUCACAUCCCCCAGUCACCAUCGUCGCCAUUGAUGUCACCAUCGUCGCCUUUCAACGGUCGUCAAUCGAGCGGUGGAAUUCCCCAGCAAAUCCCUCCACAGUCUCCACAGCAGAUACCACAACAACACUACCCACAACAACCACAACAACAACAGUAUCAGCAACAACAGUAUCAACAACCGCAACAACAGAUGCAUCAUCAACAACCGCAACAGAUGCAACCACAUCAACAACAGAUGCACCAACAACCACAGCAACAGCAACAACAACAAGCACCUUCAACAGCUAUUAGCUCGCCACAGCCAAUUCUCGACACCAUCUACAAGUUACUCUCUGAGCAAGAGACCAACUUGGUAAAGAUGAUACAUGAUCAAUCGAUACUUUUGAAUCGCAUUACACAACCACUAGACGAACAAACCAUUCACAGUCUACAGGCACUCAGUCAGCAACAAGUAACUCUCUCCUCACAGAUGAACACAGAGAUGUCUGCUCUCGAUGCCACAAAGAAGGGUAUGAUCUUGGAUCCAACCGAUCUCGCAAAGCUCUUUGCUCUCAGACAAGAUCUACAGAUUCAAUUCAAACAACUCACUCUGCUGCACCACGAAAUACAAAGUGUAUUAAACCCAACAAAUCAACCAACUAAACCAAAUAUUGCUUUGGUAAUGAAAACACAACCAUUCCCAGUUGUCAUUACAAAAGGUAAACAGUUGAGUGAGAAUCAGUUGGUUGUUCAAAUCCUGACUGGUGCAAGAUCGAACUUCCAUAUUAAUGGACCUGUAAAGGCAACUUUGAUGUGCGACAAUCACCCAACAAAUAAGAAUAAUCCACAACAACAGCUAGAGAUGGAUUCUCAACCAAUUUAUCCAGCAACGCUCACCGCUCACUUCCCCCUGAAGUUCUUGGCUGGUACAAGAAAGAGUUCUGUAAAUUUGAAAUUCGGUGUCAACGUCCGUGAUAUGGAUAGUGUAACAACAGCUGUAGAGAGUGAUUCAUCCAACCCAUUCGUAGUCAUCACAAACGAAUGCCAAUGGGAAGGUAGUGCCGGUGUAUUAUUAAAGAAAGAUGCUUUUGAUGGACAACUUGAAAUUUCAUGGGCACAAUUUAUAAAUACAUUACAGAGACAUUUCCUGAUUGCUACAAAACAAGAUCAAGUCAGACCAAAGCGUCCACUGUCCCAAUUUGAUUUUAAAUAUAUUCAACAACACUUUUUCGCAAAUCGUUCAAUCAUUCACCAACAAGAUUUCGAUAGGUUCUGGAAUUGGUUCGGAAAAUCUAUGCAAACUCUCAGAUAUCAAAGACAUAUUUCUACCUUAUGGCAAGAAGGUAUUAUCUAUGGUUAUAUGGGAAGACAAGAGGUAAAUGAUGCUCUUACCAAUCAAGAUCCAGGUACAUUUAUCAUUAGAUUUAGUGAAAGAAAUCCGGGUCAAUUCGGUAUCGCUUACAUUGGAAUGGAGGUACCACAUCGUAUUAAGCAUUAUUUGGUGCAACCAAACGAUACUGCAGCAGCAAAGAAGACAUUCCCAGACUUUUUGGCAGAGCACCCACAAUUCAUCAAUAUUUUGCAAUGGACAAAGGGUCCUGAUGGUUUACCAAGAUUCUUAAAGUCACAUAAAGAUACCGCUUUGGGUUCAUUUGCUCCAAAGAAAGCUCAGCCAGCUCCUAUCGGUGGUUAUGAGCCACUUGGAAAUUAA